CCAGGUCCGCCUGGUCAUUGGCUACUCGGGAAUGAGAUCCCUACCAAGGAGAAGGGCAUUUUUGAAGUAUGAAGAAUGGACAAAGGAGUACGGUCCGAUUUAUUCACUGACUCGGUUUGGAAAGGUGUAUAUCGUCAUCGGGCAUUAUGAUGCUGCUAUAGAAAUAAUGGAGAAGGGUGGGUCACAGACGUCGGACAGACCAAGGUCUAUUGCCAGAUCUGAGACGUUUUCUGGAGGCCUAAGAUCGAUUAUGCUGAACGAUACACCGAGGUGGAGGAUUUUGGCUUUUCAUUCAUACUUGAAGACCGACAAGGUAGCAUACGCGGCAUCAGUGACCAUUACCUUGACAUAUGGGAAAACGACGCCGAGGACUCUUGAUGAUCCCGAUCUGCAGGAUAUGGUUCGAGAUUCAAAACGUUUUCGCAUGGUAAUUCUCCCCGGGGCUUACCUCGUAGAUACCCUUCCCAUUCUUCGAUGGCUGAAGAGGUGGCAUCAGGAUUCGCUUGUGUUGAUCCGUCGGUGUGACGCUGGGGAAGACGUCCCCGCUUGUUUGGGGAAAGAUCUCUUAAAUAAUAAGAUGUCUUUCGACCAGGCUGCGUAUCUUGCGGGGGCAAUGUUUGGUGCUGGAUCGAAUACGGUUCGCUUUCUGGCUCUUAUGUUAUUGGCUGUUACAAAAGUGUUUAGACUGCGGCUGCACUAACGUUUCUUGUCAUGGCGGCUGCCUGUUUUCUUGAUGCGGUAAGAAUUGUACAGAAAGAGAUUGAUGAAGUAGUUUCUGAUGAUCGAUGUCCAACGUUCGAUCAUAGAGAGCGGCUUCCGCAGGUUAUGGCAUUUGUCUAUGAGUGCUAUAGAUG